AGGUUUAGGUUAGGUUCGAUCCUAAACCGUAAAGUGCCGUCCCCGCCCCUGACCGCCUGCCCUUCUCGGUCGCCGCGGCGGCUCAACGCCCGUCUCCCGUCUUCCGCCGCCAGCGACACCCGUGACCGCCCGUCGCCUGCAGCAACCGACGCAAUCGCGCCCGGUAACCUCUUCCUGCUUGAAAUACGUUACUAAUAUAAGUGUCUGCUUGUCUAGCGAUACCAUGGGAAAAGGCACAAUGGGAAGGGGAACCAAAAAAUCCAUCAAUCAUAGUAUGAGAGAACAUGAUGAGCUUGAUAAAGAAUUCUUUGAAAAGAAAAUAGAGAAAUUGGAAAAUGAGGAUAUGAGUAUAGAAGAGAUUCUAAAUGCUCGAGCUGAUAGUUCGCACAUCAUUGAUACCUCCUCUGUUAUUUCAAAUAAAUAUGAGGAUAUGAGUCGUACGACUGUUGAAGAGAUCCUAAGAUCUCUAGCUGAUGAUGCGCACAGAAGAAAAAAAGAGAAAUUGGAAUAUAAGGACAUGACUAUUGAAGAGAUCCUAAGAGCUCGAGCUGAUGGCUCGCACAACACCGAUACCGCCAAAGUUAUCCCAAAGAAAUUUCAUCGUGCUAACAAGAAUAGCCCAAUGGAGAUGAGUAGCAAAGUGCGGGUUUCGACAUUUAGGGAGGUCAUCCAAGUACCCAAAAAGCUUGUGAGAGAUCCUCGGUUUGAUUCUUUAUCCAGAGGAACUUUUGACCCUGAUGGAUUUAAAAAACGUUAUAGUUUCGUGUUUGACGAAGAAUAUCCUAAAGAGAAAGAGAGGCUUAAAAUGUUGAUUAAGAAGUCCAAGGACCCAAAUGUUAUUGAGGAAUCACAGAAGCAAAUAUCUUCAAUGGAUAAACAGAUAAAGUCAUGGUCCAGGAAGAGCGUAGAAUCUGAAAUAUUGUCUGAGCACAUAAAGAAAGAAAGAGAAGCCGCAAAGAAAGGGAAACAACCUUAUUACUUGAAAAAAUCGGAAAUUCGAGAAAGAAAGCUGAUAAAGAAGUACAAUGAACUGAAGGCCGUAGGAAAGCUGGAUUCCUAUAUUGAGAAGAGGCAGAAAAGAAAUGCCUCUAAAGAUCAUCGUUAUAUGCCAUAUCGAAGAUCUGACAAAAAUACACAAGAAUAACCUUCUUCACUCGGAGUCAUUCUCCAGUUCGUGGUGCCUUGAAGUGUACUUGUGAAGAGAGAGAUCUAUGUUAGCUAAUGAAUUGGAUUCGACAUCUUAAGUUUGACAAUGCUGUAACUUGUAAGCAAGCCUAAUAAUUUUUAUAAAAAGAGUAGAUUGUCUUAUUUUUCACUCUUCUUAAGUGAUCAGAUUAGCUGCCUUAUUGCUAGUUACUAGUACUGAAUUAGACUACAUUAUCUAAUGUAUCGAGAUGUUAGCAAACAAUUGUAGUCACUACAUUUGGAAUCUCUAUAUUGUGUGCCA